GAGAGAGAGAGAGAGAAAGGAAGCAGUCCGCUGUUUCACACACUGCUAGUGAAGUUCAGCCCCUCGCAAGAAUUCUCCUGGCUAUGUCCGCCAUCAGGAAUGUCGAGUCACUUCCUCUGUCUGCCCUGCACUCUAACAGGGUUUUCCUCUGCCUUUCUAGCUCCCUCCCUCUGGUCUGACAGCACUCUGAAGAACCGCUGGAGACCACGCCAGUACAGACGGGAAUCUACUGAAAGCACAAACUUCCAGCAUGAAAGUGAGACCCCUGGAGUAGCCCUCAUCCAACCACGACACACUCUAAAUGGAAUCUGGGCCUGGAAGAAGCAAAGACAACUGCAGUCAUCAGCUGAACCUUUUGGAGGGCGUUCCUAUUCCCUAAUAUGGCAACAGAGCUGGGAAAUCAUUUGAAUUAGUCUGGUUUCUUUUGCAUGCCUGUCUGGUUUUAGUGCUGACUGAGUUCCAUCUGGUAUGUUUCUGUCUCUGCUGUGUGCGCAUGUGAGUGUGUGGGCGGUGUGUGUGUGUGUGGCUUGAUUUGUUUGUUUUGCCAUUCUUGGUUCUUAUUUUGCUGUUGUUUGCAUGUAGGCUUUCUGUUUUGGGACAAGAGGAGGGCUUGUGUUUGUGGUUAAGCUAGAGGCACGGCCAUUGCCUCAGGGGUGGCUGCUUCAUUCAGACUGUGCAGCACCUCUCACUUUUUUUCCUUUACCUUCCUCCCUUGCGCUGCUGUGAUGGUUUGAGUUCGUUGGAGCAACACACCCACCUGUGUGCAGCAACUUCCAACCACAAACCGAAACAGGGACCCUCUACACACGGACAUUAUCACAGAAAGGUGGACAUCUGUUGAGGGGCAGACGGUUGUAAGAGUGGACUAACCUCACAAUCAGCUGAAUGUUGCUUCUUUAUUCCUCCACUGCAACAAGAUGUGUGACCCAGAAGGAACCAACAGGGUCCCGGAGCCUGCUAACUGGAAUAGAAAAGGUGAUGGGUUGUCUGCUUGACACUUUUAUCAUGAAGAAAAGGAUCAUGGGAAAGUUCUAAACACUAAAGUAGACCAUUCCACUGACACUGUCACUUACAACGUGAACGACAGUCCGCCGGCAUUAUGUUGUGACAAGUUUUACAGUAAACUUUGGGCUACGUGAAGUUCAUCACCUCAUGAGGAUAAUUUUUAUGACCAUAUCUCAAAACGUUGAUUGCCAUGGCCACGGCAGCAUGGUAUCAUCGGGACAUUAGCCGUGUGCAUGCAGAGGACUUGCUGGCACGGGCAGGGAGGGAUGGCAGCUACCUAGUGAGAGACAGUGAGUCUGUGCCAGGAGCAUAUGCAUUGUGCCUGCUGUUCCAACGUCACGUUCACACCUAUCGAAUUCUUCCCGAUGCAGACGGCCUCCUAGCAGUUCAGACAACACAGGGGGUGCAGGUAAACUGUUUCCGGACACUGGAGGACCUGGUGUUAGGGUACCAGCAUCCACACAAGGGCCUGGUCACUCCUCUGCUCUAUGCUGUUCCCCGUGAUACAGACACCGGGGAGGAGAGCUCAGAUGAUGAGAAGCCCCCCGUAGUUCCAGUCAUUGUCAACACAGUGCCAGGACCACCAGCUAAACCAGCCCCUCAUGCCCUAUUCCUGGAUAAGUUGCAGGAGCUUAACACAUCCAGUACUUCUGGUGAGCUGAUCACUCUACUCAAUGACUAUCUCUUCACUGAGCUGCCUCUUGACAUUGAGAAUGUGCACAAAGGCGCAACAACUCUCUGCCACCUAAGGCGCACUCUUGGUACUGCGUGCCAAGGUUUAAACAGUGAGAUUGAGCUGACUCUCUCAAGUCUGGAAACCCUGGCCAAGGUCUUUGACCAUCCUAGCUGCUCUUUAACACACACCAAAGUACAGGGCUCAAAGAUGGAACUAGACAGCCUGUUGUGUAAGAUUUCAGCUUUGGUCAGCCUCCUUUCUUCUUUGGAGAAAAAGGUAUUAAAAGCAUUACAAGAUGCGGUGACGAAUCACAAUCUGGCAGUGCAGUCAAACCCACCCCCUCCUGAACCAACACCCACCAACGUUACAUCUGUCAAGAACCAUUUCAGACAGCUGCCAGUCCACUCCUUUCAGGUGAAGAUGGUGAGGUAUGGCAGACAGACGGUUUCUGUGGAUGUGGACACAGGAGUGUUGCUCUUUGACAGGAAGGCUGGUUCAUUCGGCAUAGAGAGGGUCUCACAUGACAGAAUUCUUCAGAUUGUCAAGUUCCAGAGCAGUCCGGCCAAGGUACGCAUGGUGGUUGACAGCAGCAACAACACACCACGGGAGAUGACGUUUGAGAGUGCACGGAAACGUGACGCCUUCUGCCAACUCCUCCAGCUGAUGAAAACCAGGCACUCUCAGCUGAAGGAACCUGACGUGAUCUCUGUGUUUGUUGGCACCUGGAACAUGGGUGGUUCCCCUCCUCCUCGCAGCCUACAGUCGUGGGUGACCUGCUGCGGUUUGGGCCACACCCCUGAUGACUCGACCGCCUUGCUCCCUCAUGACAUCUAUGCCUUGGGGACUCAGGAAAACCCUCAGGGGGAGAGAGAAUGGACAGAACAAAUUAAAGCAACCCUUCGCAGCUACACUCACAUCGAUUUUAAACAAGUGGCAGUACAGUCCCUCUGGAAUAUAAGGCUGGCUGUGUUUGUGAAGCCGGAGCACGAAAGUCGCAUCAGCCAUGUGAACACAGCCAGUGUGAAGACUGGUUUGGGAAACACAUUGGGAAACAAGGGAGCUGUUGGGGUCUCGCUCCUCUUCAAUGGAACAUCUUUUGGGUUUGUCAACUGCCACCUUACCUCUGGAAGUGAGAAAGUCCUGAGGAGGAACCAGAACUUUGUGGACAUCCUGAGACUGCUUUCUCUGGGCGACAAACAGCUCAGUGCCUUCGACAUCAGCCUGCGCUUCACCCAUCUCUUAUGGUGUGGAGACCUCAACUACAGACUCGACUUGGAUGUACAGGACAUACUAAAACAUGUAUCAAAGAGAGAGUUUGAGGAGCUCAUGUGUGCAGACCAGCUGACCCGAGAGAGACACAAGAGGAAGUCCUUUCUCAAUUUCAAGGAAGAGAAGAUUGCAUUUCCACCCACCUAUCGAUAUGAACGGGGCUCUAGAGACUGCUACCUGUGGCAAAAGUACAAGACUUCAGGAGUGCGAGUCAAUGUUCCAUCAUGGUGUGAUAGGAUUCUGUGGAAGUCCUACCCAGAGACGCACAUGAUCUGCACUGCCUAUGGCUGCACAGAUGACAUCUUCACAAGUGAUCACUCACCUGUUUUUGCCACAUUCCAAGUGGGAGUGACAUCACAGUUCAGCUCCAAAACAGAUACAAAUUCAAGCAUGGAGAGGGCCUGGAUAGAGCUCGAAGGCAUCGAGGCCAUUGUGAAGACGGCAAGCAAGGCAAAGUUCUUUGUUGAAUUUCAUUCGUCUUGCCUUGAAGAGACACCACGCUCAAAUGAGAAUGACUCGCAGAGCUGGGAUGUUCCCAGGUUUCUCAAACUUGGCUGGUCCUUCAAACAACUGCCAAAGCUUCUUCCAAUCAGGUCUGACAUGGAGUAUCUUCAGGAACAGCACCUGCUGUUGUCUGUCAAGUCAUGUGACGGGUUUGAGUCAUACGGUGAAUGCUGUGUGGCUCUGCGUUCACUCACUGGUGCGUCGGAGCAGUUUGAAACAUUUUUGAGUCACCGAGGCGAGGAGAUGGGCUCCAUAAGAGGACGGGUCAGAGUUCAUGUGCCCAAGGACAGACGAGUAACUAGGGAGAAGACCUACGACUGGUUCUAUUUUGAGAAAGAUGAUAAAAGUACAGUGAGGGAACACAUGUCUCCUGCAUCUACACGGGUUCCAAUAAACAGGUCUUUGGCGGCUCCUCCCAAACGUACUCCAAGCAGCUAUACCAAUCCGGCCUACUUCAUCUUUGAAGGUGUUUCAGUGGCACGCAGAGUGGAGGAGGCUCUCCCCCAGCGAAGGGACCCUCAGGUGAUCUGGUCUGGAAAUGAGGCCUUGCAGCUCCCAAAAAUCUCAGGACGUCAGGGCUUUGACAAAAGACAGUGUCGCAGAUCAGACUUUACAGAGAUUGAAAUUCCAGCCGUCCUGCCUCAGUACACUCCAUCCAAUGACCUUCAUACACCCCAAACCAACUCUUCCUAUCAGCUUUUUCCGGCCAACAACCCAUCUCCCAUACCUCCAACCUCAAGCACCGCCAUGUCACAGUACCAGGAACAGACUUCACAACCCAGUGACAAAUACCAAGGAAAAAAGGAUGCUCAAGACUCUAUACUGCCCGAGAAGAACCUGAGGAACUUGUAUAUGAAUCACUCAGCGAUCAUCAGGGAAAAAGCCAGAAGGGAUCAACAUCAACUUCUCCCAGAAAGAACCAAUCCUAGUCGGGCAGCCAAGACGCAGUCAGCUUUCCCCUACAUCGCCACUCACAUAGCACACUCUCAGGUCUCUGUUCCUUGGAUGGUGGAUCAGCAGCCCCCUGGACCUACAGGGGAUAACUCCCUCACUGCUUUGCAAAUGGCCAAAUCCCUCAGCGAAGUGGACUUCUUCCCCACAGAGCAGAGAUGCUCAACCAUACUUAACCAGAGGCCAAGUUAUAGAAAUAGCCCCUCCAUGCAUGGAGAUAGAGGCUACAGCUGGGAGAAAGAGGUGUCUGUCCUCCAAGGUGCACCAGAGACCGUGCGGGAGCUUCUCAGUGCUCUGGGUCUUCAAAAAUACACCCUGGGACUCAGCCUCAAUGGCUGGGAUGAUCUGGAUUACUUCAGUGGUAUCACUGAGGAGGAUCUAUGUGCCGCAGGAGUGACAAACCCUUCACACCGACGCAGGAUUCUCGAGAACCUGCCCAGGAACUGGAACUGACAUAGAGAGAUGAAAAAAACCUUGCUGGUACGAAGCCUCAUAGUCCGCUCAAUUAGAACUGGACAACUGUCAGAACCGAGAUGUCAGAGAGGUCCGACUAAUUUGAUAUCAAUCAUAUCAGCUGGACUUUAUCAGAGCCCUUCUGUCUUUUCAUUUACUCGAUCAAUACUGUAACAAUAGUUUGCCUGUGUCAACACAGCAAAGGAAACAUAACGCAGGAAGUGGGUACUUGUUCGCUUCACUCAUCUAUCCAUCUUGACAUAUAAUAAAGCGGUGGGUGAUAUGAAUGGAAAGCCUUAAUGUGUCCCUCCAGUUACUGACACGCAUGCAAAUAUUGUUUAUGAUAUCAAGGUCUCAUUGAUUUCCUUUUAAGUGAAUUUUAAAUGACUAUAAAAAUAUAGUCCUUCAAUUUCCAGUGUUAACUCAAGGCUUGUGUUUAACAUUCACCUUCAUGCCUUCUACUGUGUGCUUCCCAUUACUCUGCUAUUAUUGAGCCUGGACCUGAGCUUGUAAAAGCCCUCUAUUAAACCUAUGGAGCAUAAAAUCCAUAGCUGUACAUAUCUACUCGAACAUCGGCUGUAAAGUUGGUAUAGAGGACCUGCCGUUAUCUCAUGUUGUUUACUGUUGCAUACUGUUGUUAUCAUGUUACUUAAUCAGUACCACUGUGUAUGUGCACAGUCCACUGUGUGUGUUUUAUAAAGUAAAGUGGAUAAAGCAACUCUUGACUGUCACCAGGCAAUCACAAGUGUCAUUUCAUGCUGUUGAGCAGCUGGAAACAUCAAAAUAACUAAAUCACUUCCUCAAGUCUUCUCCAUUUCAAUGCUCGAUUUACAACAUCGCACCAUGCUGCUUGAAUGUUUUGUUUAAUGAUUAAUUCCACCUAAAACAGAGGUGUAGCCUUCUUAAUAGUCUACUACUACUACUGCAAUGCAUAUGGGUUGCAACAGAAGAACCAGAAAUGCAAUUCAUGGGGCACUUUAUUGUCACAAUACUUG